AUGACUUUAAAAGUUUUUGAUCAUCAUCAUUCGAAAUCAAGACCUUUGUUAUCAAACUCACCUUUAAUUUUGCUCAGUAAUUCGAAUUUCUCAACCUCAACUCCAACCACCACCACCAUUUCACCAAUUAACGAUUCUCAUUGUAUCUUAAAUCAAAAAAGGGUAAAUGAUUUACCAUCUACCGCUACUAAGAAUCAUCAUCAACUUUAUAGUACCCUUUCAAAUCAAAAUCCAUUCUUUAUCAAACCCACCAAUACCAAUACUUUGACUCAACAGCUUAGUUAUUAUUAUCCUAUCAUCGGUUUACCUAAUUGGAAUCAAUCCAAUCCUAACUCUAAUACUAUACCCAAUGGUCUUAAGAAAAGAGUUAUACCACAUUUAAUUCCAACGAUUUCAAUGAAUUCUUUAAAUAUGUUUCCAACUUCAUCAAACCAAUCUAUUCAUAAUUAUUUAGAUUUAAAUUCUAUUCCGAGUUAUACCAAUCCUUCCUCAUUCUUAACGUCUCAAGAAGAUUAUGAUCUAAGUUCAUUUAAUCAAUCUUAUCAAUCAUCACCACGACCAGAAACUAAUACUAUUUCAGUUUCUAAUGAUGAGAUCAACUUCAACGAGAUCAAAGUCACUAACAAUCAAAAUCAAUAUAGUACACCUAACAAACAUCAAAUCGAGCUUAAUGAGGAAUUCCUUGCAAACUUGAAUCAGUUCGUUUUCGAAGCCCAACAAUUAGAUUCGACUCAAACUGAUUACAAUCCAUCGAUGUAUGAUCAAUCAUCCUUCAAUCCAUCAGACUUGAUGAACAAUUCAUCAUACUUGAAAACUUUAAAUGAUGAUCAAGUAUUACAAGAAGAAGAAGAAAGGAAUUCUAAUAAAAGAUCAUUUGAAGAAACUCUUGAACAAGUUCAUCAAAGUCCAACUUUAAAAAUCAAAAAAAACAAAUUUAACCAAUAUCAAACUGAGAAUGAAAUUCAAUGUGAUAUAUUAGGUUGUCAGAAAGCUUAUAAAAGAGUAUCAGAAUGUAGAAGACAUAAAAAAGAUAUCCAUGGAAUUCCUUUACCAAGUGAAGUAUUAGGUAAAGUUAAAAGAGUUAGAAGAAACUUUACGAAUUAA